AUGUGGGUGACCUUCUACCUCACACAGCGGGACGGCGAGCCACUGAUUGCAGGCUACGAGCUAGACGGCGAGAACUUCGUUGGGGCGCCAGAAGAGAUGACAACACCUGGCCGAAUCGAAUCCAUCGCCACCAUUGCCAAAGAGCCAAUCAGCGACGUCAUCAGCGACGCCAGAGGAAAAGCAGCCUCCAGAAGCCCAGAAGACACCAAUGCCAGCAAGCUUCCCGCAGCGACUCCGUCGUCUCCAGUGGUGAAUGGCUCGGACACUAAUGCUCGCCAGCGUCGGCUGGGCCACAAGCGGCGCCCGGAAGUCGUCGUCGCGCUGACCGUGGGAGGCGUCCUGGUCGGAGCGCUUUUCAGUGCCGUGCUCGGGAUGCUCUUCAUGAAGACACCGAAAAGACUUCACAACGAAGCUACGGUGACUGCGCAACCGGACGGAUGCCUCACGGUCGAGUGUCGCUUCGUCGCCGACAAGAUGCUCGCAGCGAUGAACCAGAGUGUGCAACCUUGCGACGACUUUUACGAGUAUAUGUGCGGCAACUAUCACGGACCUGACGCGAACAUGUUCGCUGCGGUGGAGCAAAAGAUCCAAGGUACCCUAAAGGAGCAGCUCAAGUCAACGACAGUCCCAGAAAUAGGCCAGAGCGCGUGGGAAAAAGCAGCCGGCAUGUUCCAGGCUUGCAUCGAUGUUGGCGUCACACUGAACACUCAGAUGGCUGAUCUACGGUCAUGGCUGGCCUCUAAGGGACUGGACUUCUUCAACAUGACUGAGGACGCUUCAUACGAUGCCGUGGAUGCUCUGGUGAUGCUUUCGCUACAGUGCCACAUGCCAGCGCUGCUCGCCUUGGAAGUCGACAGGAUGCGCUUCUUGAACAAGAAGCGCUUUGUAUCGUUCGUCUUCUAUAAGGACGACGUCGAGUGGUACCUGAAUUACCACAUGACCAAUCAAAGCAACAUAACGGGGAAACGCAGCAGAUACGAAGUUUACUUGAGUUCUUACGGCCUGCGUGAUGACGCGCUUAACACGAUGUCCCGCACUCUCGAGGCCUACGGAAGCCAAGAUUUGUACUUCUUGUCUGCUUCUCAAGUUGCCGCCACCCUGGACCACCUUGCGAAGCAGCCUACGGACCUCACCGUUGUGAGAAUCGCUGAUCUUGGAAAUCUGACGAAGGUUCACGUCGAUUCAGGACGGUGGGUGUCCAUCUUCGGGCGGUACACCGGAGGCAUCUACGGUGGCGAAGACUACAUCCAGGUCCAGUCAUCGGCCCCGACCCUCCUUGUAGAGCUGCUGUCAAGUUCGGCCGUAGGGACGCACGGAUUGCGCUGCCUGCUUGCCUGGAGAGUCCUGCGCUGGGUUGGCGACCUUGCGAGCACGGCUUCGGCGGGCGCCCAGGCAAACCGCCAGCCGUUCGAUAACGUCUGCUACGAGCUCGUUCUGCUGGUCAUGGAACCUGUGCUCAUGAGGAAGUACGACGAUAUCGAUGAGCUCGAGGACUCGAAACCUACGCGAUUCUUUCGAGAUUGGCGCAUCGCCCUCGAACUCUACGCAAGGCGUCUCGUUCGCGACCAGCAACACCUGCUGUUCCUGUCAGUGACGGCGAACGUCUCCUACUCUACCGCCGCGAACGCCAUUAUCGUCCCAGCGGCGAGCUUGCAUCCCGGUAUUUUCUACCAAGGCGGUCCGGCCUCUGUCAACUACGGAGGGCUCGGCACAGUCGUCGCUCGCGAAAUGUCGCAAAUACUGGACAUACAACCUUUGACGCCUGAACAAGGUCACGCAGACUUGUGGAAUCGAAGCGACGUGGCCAAGCACUAUGCCUCCACUGCUCGCUGCUUGCUGAAGUCCCUGCAAGAGGCACAGCAUCUCUUCCAUGCCCAAUUGACGGGCGAUCCGCCGGAUUCCGAGAACCUGGCCGAUGUCAUGGGGCUUCUGGCGGCCUACUCGGCAUUUACGGGGCUGCCCCAUGAAGAGCGCGCUGUGACUCUGCACGGAAGUCCCCUCAAUUCUGACCAAACCUUCUACGCCUUCCACUGCGCAAAAUUGUGCGAGGCUAAGCGCAAGACGAGCAGUCACUCACGGCAGGGAGAAGCCCGGCUCCGCUGCGUGGUGCCGCUGAUGAACUCAGAAGCGUUCGCCGAGGCGUUCAAAUGCCCAGACUCGUCGCCCAUGAACCCUCCGCGAAAGUGUUCUCUUUGGUGAUUGCAUAUAGCGCCUUUUCUCUCUGGUUUUCUCGCCAA